AAACUCAUUAGUGUUUCAAGUUGGUUUGUUUUGUUGGCAUACAAGGCUUUGUUACAGCAGUAUUUUGUGAUAUCUCAGUUUCUCCUGAGUUAUAGUAUUAGUAGAUGAGAAAGGGCGAAAGGCAUGAAAAUAAUCUGAAACAAUCUCAUAAUUCGAACAAGGGUGGUUGAUUUUGCUUGAUAUACAGUACAACUGCUGAUCGAUUUCCGACCUGUGGGCAUGUAUAUAAACUCCGAGAGAAGCGAUAUUGAGCUUCAAAGAGCCAUCAAGCGGUACAUAAAAGGCGAAAAACAGGAACGAAAAUGGCCAGUUUUGAGAGAAUCGAGGGUGGCAAAGGGCAGAAAGUUAAAAGUGCAGGGGAAAGAGGACGAAACGAGUUGUUUCUUUUGUACGAAAUCAAAGUCAAGGCCAAGCAGUGCAGCAUCCUCAGUUAUCCUUAGCCCUAAUGUUUUGCUUUCAGCCGGUCAGAGUUGUUUUCGCAGGUUUAACGAAAACCGUCCGAGCAGCAGAAAAGAAUGUCGACCAAAACGGCUCACAAUAGAUGGCCGCCAGACCCCUCUAGCGAUAGAAUGCUGGCAAACGAACCUGAAGAACCACCAGCUGAACCAAUCGCAACCCAGCAGUACGAGCAGCUCCCUAGUGACGAGGACUGUGCUGGAAGAUAAAUCUCAGCUUAACCGGACUGCUAGUCUGCCAAUAUUGUUGGAGAAGAAAUCUGUCGAGAUGAAACCGAGAUAUGAACCUAAAAAACCGAUUAGAAAGAGAGUCCAAUCAAGGAAAGAAGCUAAAUUAGAGCCACCACCACAAGACAAGAGCUCAGAACAGACGGAGAUUUCCAAACAACCUACAAAACUUAAUGGCACAGAUAAAGCGAUUGAUCACAGCAUCUCCGUGACUAUCACCGAUAAACGAACGAGAUCAGUUGUUAGAGCAUCCAGCGCCUCUGCUCUUAGACCAAGAAAAGCUCACUAAUAAUAAUAUGACUGAACUUGAUGAUCCAACUUAGAAUGGCUUCAUCCAUGAUACUCCAUACUUUCAACUCUACGAGCUUGGCAUCGAGAGAUUUAUCAGCUGGACUGGUCGAUCAUGACUGAACAAGAAUUUUAUAAAAAACACUCCGUGCGUACACAGAUCAAGACACGAUGUUAAACACACAGAAUACACACCGAGGACUGUGGUUGUGAGAAAAUGUGGUGAAGAACAGACCAAAAUAUUGAAUGUGAACAGUAUUUAACUUAGCAAUAACACAUCGUUUGUUUGGAA